GGAAAGCAAAAGAUUUCUUGCGAUUACAACGACAACUAUCGGCUUCGGCAUUACCAGUCCAGGCGAGCGUAGUCCGUCAUAGAGAUUAGAGACGAUUAAAGAAAACCCUUUGAAAGUGUUGUCGGAGAUCUGUAACUCGGUGUGGUCUCAACAAUUCCCUUCUUGUCAGUUUUCUUGUUGCAGUACGAAGGGUCGUCUCAUGCAGUUUGUUUAAAGAUGGAAACUGAGGAUAUGAUCAACCUUCCGGCUUCAAGCAAUUCUGUCUCUGAAAGUGAGAACAAUGAACUUCGUGGCACUGAUAAUGGUGCCAUUCAAGCCGAAUCUCAACAUCGUGAUUCUAUAGAUGAUAAAGACAAAAUAGAUGGGAAGAACAUGGGGCUUAAUGAAGGCGAAAUGGGAAGUACUGAUACACAUGCUUUACUGGAAACAGAUGGUGAUAAGGCUUUGAUGAGUGAUUCAUCUAGCAUGGAUAUGAGAAUUGAAUCGACAGAAAAUGUUGCAAUAGUGGAAAAAUUAGAUAUCUCCAUUUCGGUUGUGCGUCCUGAAGAUGGUUGCUCUGUUAUCCAGCAUAAAACCCCCACCCGCAACCACAUGGCUGAUGGCACUUUAAUAACUGGUGUUAAGAGAUCUCGGAUGACAUAUGAUGAACAGCAGCCUUCAGUGCAUGUCAAGUAUGACUCCUUAACAAGUGCCAGUAAACGAAAGCUUGAGGAGCUAUUGCAGCAGUGGUCAGAGUGGCAUGCUCAGCAUUGUUCGUCACAAGUUUCAAAUGAAGUGCUGGAGUCGGGUGAAGAUACAUACUUUCCUGCUUUACAUUUUGGCUUGGAGAAGUACUCUGCAGUGUCUUUCUGGAUAGACAACCAAACAAAGAAACAGGAGAGCAAUGGUUUCAUUUCUUUGGAUAGUCACUCUGUACCUCUUUAUGAUCGUGGAUAUGCAUUCAGUCUGAGUUUAGCAGAUGGUCCUAGCAAUAUGGAAGGUGCAUUGGAGAUAAUGCGCGAUGCUUCUCGCUGUUUCAAUUGCGAGUCUUACAGUCAUUCCUUGAAGGAAUGCCCCAAACCUCGUGACAAUGUUGCUGUUAAUAAUGCUCGCAGACAACACAAAUCAAAACGUAAUCAGAAUCCUGGGUUGCGCAAUCCAACUCGAUAUUAUCAGAACUCAACUGGUGGAAAGUAUGAUGGCUUAAGACCCGGUGCGCUUGAUACUGAAACACGACAACUAUUGGGUCUUGGGGAAUUUGAUCCACCCCCUUGGCUUAACAGAAUGCGGGAAAUGGGAUAUCCACCAGGAUAUCUAGAUCCGGAUGAUGAGGAUCAGCCAUCGGGGAUUACAAUCUAUGGUGACAAGGACAUCAAGGCAGAUACGGAAGAUGGUGAAAUUAUGGAAAAUGACUAUUCUGAAAAACAGAGGAAAAUGACUGUUGAAUUUCCUGGAAUAAAUGCACCAAUCCCAGAAAAUGCAGAUGAAAAACGUUGGGAAGCUGGACCUUCAACAAAUUCUGAUCUGUUUAGGAAACGUUCUCACCGCACAAUAAACUCUUCUUCAGAACCUGUCAGCAGGGGACAUUAUUACGAGCAAAGGUGGUCAAGGGAUUUCAGAGACGAUGGACCUCCAGGUUGUGACCCAGUACUCAGCCCAUCUGCGUCUUACCCUCCAAGGUACAGUAACUAUGAUUCUAUCUACAGCCCUAGGGAUAACAUUCAAAGACCAAGAAGCCCUACGCUUGAGAGGUCCCAAUAUGAUAGAGGAAGAAGGGUAUACAAUGACUCUACAACGUAUGGAUCUUACAAUUCCUCACCAUACUCGUCCUCGAAUAGACAUAAUUCAUGGAGGGACCGUGGCUUUUCCAGAUUGGAGUAUGAUGCUGAUGAAAUCCCGGAUGACCAUAAUUUUGAUAGUUCAUAUCGAAGAAAAGAUGAAAGCGACAGUUAUCAUCGCCGUCAUAGUCGGUGGUGAAUGGGAUUUUACCUUGAUUGUAGCAUGUACGUAUCUCAACAUGAGACUAGGGGUUUGACAGAUUUAAUAAUGGGACUGGCCAAAAGCCAUGCUCACCUAACUAUGUAUUUUUUCUGUUUAGGAUGGGGAUGAGCUGCAAUGGGCAUCUCCAUUAGAGCAGGAGGUGUAUUGACUAAGAUAUUACUUUUGGAUUAUUCAUUUUUUGACCAGACAGGCUCUUUCUUUCCCAUCAGGGAUUUUAUUUACAUGUUACUUCAUC